UCUCUUCUUGUCAAACCCCAACAAUCAUUUAGACACCUACCAGUCGUACUAUAACUACCACUACCACCACCAACACCAACACCAUUACCCCUGCAAGUUUGUAAUUCUGUCUUACCUCUUCCAUCCUCCCCCUCUAUCAAACAUGUUCUCUUCUUGCAAGUUUUGUUUAAGCCAUCCACCCAAGUGGGUUAAAACCCUUCUUGAACAACUCAAAGCCUUUAACAGAGUUAAGAGAUCCAACAGAAGAAAACCCAGGAGAUUGUUUUCUAGUUUCGAUUGGAUUACUUCGCCUUUCGCGAAUAUGGAAGUGUCUAACCAGCUGAAACAAGUGUUCAAGCUCAUUGAUGCAAAUGGAGAUGGGAAGAUUUCUCCUUUGGAACUUGGGGAAGUGUUGCUGUGCCUUGGCCAUGAGAAAUUGACAGCAGUCAGGGAAGCUGAAGGAAUGGUCAGAGAGCUGGAUUGUAAUGGUGAUGGUUACAUCGACUUAGAUGAGUUCAUGGAUGUCGUUGGUCACAAAGAUGAAAUAGGUUGCAGGGGUAAGGAAGACGACCUAAGGGAUGCCUUUCUCAUGUUUGAUUCUGAUCGAAAUGGGUAUAUAUCAGCUAAUGAGUUACAGAGUGUGUUUGUGAGCUUAGGACAUGAAAAAUGCAGUCUUGAUGAAUGUUUUCUAAUGAUCAGAGGAGUCGAUAAAGAUGGCAAUGGGCUCGUAGAUUUCGAAGAAUUUAAAUCAAUGAUGAUAGGAUGCACAGGUUGAAGAUCCAAUUCCACCCAAUUUUGCCCUCUUUGAAGUCCUCGGUCGAACACUUAAAGAGCUGCUGAGAUUGA